GCGGGCUUUUGCUGCGAUGCAGGGCAUAUCAAUCACCGCGAGCUUGUUCGCUGCACAUCUGGCCAGCAACAACGGAUCUGCUCACAGGCGGGCCCAGACGGCGGUGCUGCUCCGUCGGCGGGCUUUGGCUGGUCAUCAUCGGCGGCCGACCUCCGAGCAGCGGCCGUCGCCACCGCUUCCGCCCUUGGUGGGUUGGCGGCGUUGAAACCUUCCUCUCUUGUGGCUCUUCUGGUUGCUCUGGUGAUACCCAUCCAGCGAACGAACGAAAUGCUCCAGAGAAGCUUGAUGUCGCUAUAAGAAGCGCCAUCGCCGGCCUGACGCUUGCCCAGCAACGCCCUGCCUCCCGUCUUCCUCGGCUUUCUGACCGCACACCCGCCUGUCCUUGCGUCUUGCUCCUUGGCCCGUUUGCAGAAGCUUCUCUCUCUGCUCCCCUUGCCUGAUCAUCCCUUUGCUCUCGGAGCCCAAGCACUGGGCUGCCUCGCCUAUCGUUCACCAUGAGCGGCGACCUCGACCUUACCCAAACUUCAGCAUUCGAGCAAUUUUAUCGCCUCACGCAGCCAAACUCCAUCUGGGACGACAUACAGGCAGGAGAUGAGGCCGCCGUAUCCACAAAGAUCAAGAGCCACUAUAUUACCUUUGAUACCGUCGGCAAAGAAGGCGAAAGCCCACUCCACUUUGCCAUUUUGAGCAACAGAGAUGCAACGAAGGAUUCGCCUUGGUACAAGAUAGCCGUGAUGCUCAUCAAAGAAUUCCCCGACCUCGUUCACAAGCCCUACGGCGUUGGGCGAUACCAAGGCGAAACUGCCCUCCAUCUCGCUGCCGCGAAGAACCAACCCCGCAUGUUUGAUUUGUUGAUCAAUAACGGUGCCGUGGAGACGAUAUGCUCCGGUGCCCCGGCGUGUCUCAGGAACGACUCGAACGCCGAUGCCGCCUCAAUCACCAGAAUCCAUUCCCCUGAUCAGCUGUGCGGCAGCGCCUUCAAACCAGAUGAAGAGAACGGCUACAUGUAUUAUGGCAAAUCGGUUCUCUCCUUUGCCGCAGUCGUCGGGUCAACCGAACUCGUCCAACUCCUGCUGGAAAGACACAAGGGGAGUGUGAAGCAGGAUACAGAUGUUACUGUCGGUCCAUCAUGCCCAGUCGAAGGGAACGGCAACACGGUUCUACACGUUCUUGCCUAUUGGGGGCUAUUCCAGUCCAAUUGCAUCGACCAGCAAUCUUGCUGGGACAUCAUCGUCGCCUUUUGCGACAAAGAGUAUGGCCGCGGAUCCGAUCAACACCCCUUCAAUAUCUGCAACCAUGAUGACUAUACCCCGUUCCGCCUCGCGAUUAAGCGUGGCCAUGUUGGUGCCAUGGACACCAUCAAGACCCAAAUGUGGGAGUUUGGCAUGUCGAGAUCAAUCCUCUACCGAGUCGAUGAGAUUGACACGACGAGAAUCGAAUUCGGGCCCACCACACGCGGCGAUCAAACCCCAGUCGAUGAAUUCAGCUCGCUGCACUACAAGCGCAACAUAUUCUCGCCCACGGUUGGGCAGAAAUCCGCUCUCCAGAUUGCUGUUGAGCACAAGCACCAUCACAUUCUCACGCAUCCGAUCAUGCAUAUCCUCCUGCGAAUCAAAUGGGAGACUCAUGUCCGCAGAGCCUACCUUUUCGAGCUUGCCCUCCAAGUGCUCAUGAUGGUUUCCAUCACCGUGGCAUUCAUGCUCCUGCCAUCGGCGUAUAGUACAUGGAAGGACGUUGACGUCAACCUUCAUCCCAACAUCACGGCGAUCCUCGCUCCAAAUAUGACCGUCAGCGUCGAUCCCAACAUCUUCGAUCCCAGUGCCAACUUCACCACCAGCAUCAGCUCCAACUCCACCGCCAGCUUACUUUCGAGUAUUUACGCAAAGAACUCCCGUGAAAUCGCGCGAGCAUCAUUCGAAUGUGUGAUAUGUGUCACCAUCAUCAUCAUCACUUUCCGCGAGGUUAUGUUCACCGCUGCUCGCUUCACUUGGCCCUACUACAAGGAAGCAAAGCCAAAGAAGAAUGACGAUGCGGUCGUGGGAGCCACAGCGAUCAAGGCUCCACUCAGCCGAGUUGCCGUCAAUCCCUUGGUUGUGUUCUACAACAUUACGACCUGGUCUCUUCUUCCUUUGCUUUUGCUCAGCACUACCAUCCGCCGCGCUCCCAUUUCUCUCGAUCAGCCGACCCGAUAUCUAAUCGAUAGCAUCGCCAUUGGUCUUCUUGCCCUCUUGGGCUGGCUGCGCGCUUUCUACUUUGCCAACGGCUUCUCAAGCCUCGGAACGUUGGUCAUCGUGAUAUGGACUUGCAUUACCAAGGAUUUGUUGAUCUGGUCGACCAUCUAUGGCAUCGUGCUCUUCUCCAGCGCACAGAUCUUUAGUCUUCAGAUGCGAAGCAGCAUGGGCGACAACCAAAACGUGACGCACUGGUCCAGGGCAUCCUCGGCCCUGCUGUCGCAGUUUGGGUUUCUGUUUGGCCAAGGCUCGCCGCUCGACGACUUUUCCAACUCCCCGACUGAGCCCUUCAUCCUGACCGCCUAUGUCCUCUACCAAAUCAUAACAGCCAUCUUGCUUCUGAACAUCUUCAUUGCGCAGCUGAACAAGACCUUUGAGGACAUUUAUGAUCGGGCUGAGCUUUAUUGGCACUACCAAUGGGCAAGCUUGGUCAUGCACUUUGACAGUCGAACGCCCGUCCGGACAUUGAGCCAUGGCAAAGAUUCACUUGCUGCCAAGAUUCUUCGAUGGAUCUUUCUUUCGUUGAGGCUUGCGACCAAAGCAUCCCUCCGAAUGCCUACUGGUGUCCCGCUUCCACUCAACAGAGUUGCCAAUUGGGCCUCGCGGACGUCUGCUUCAGGAGGCAUUGCCUCUGCGACGCCGAUAUCAGGAACAUCAGCGGCAUCGACAGCAUCGACAGCAUCAACAGCAUCGACAGCAUCGACAGCGUCGGCUACCCAUGCUGCUGGUCAAUCGACUCACGAGAACCAUUCAGCCAUCGGCUCUUCGUCUGGAUCCGACCUCGCUCCACGACCUGAAUCCUCCGCUAGCACCGUAUCAAACGACGUUCGCGGUUCUCACCCCUCCCUCUCCCCCUUGGCCGCCCAUAAUCCAAGCGCACUAAGCCCAAGCACGAUCAACGUGCACACACACCCAUCAAACGCAGCCCGUUUGUCAACGUCCGGCUCGAAUAACCAGGGCCUGACUGACGACUGGACAACUGCCAAUUACCUGAUCAUCCGUGAGCGGAAAGAGCCAAGUGGCUCCCAAAUCGAAUCUCCGGACUGCAAAGACGACACAACCACGGCCAAGUCCAAGCCUAAGUUUAAGCCGGUUAAACUUCUUACAGGCCGAGCCGAGUACCGCAUCGAAGGAUUCAGUCCGUCGCGAAUAUGGUGGCGCUGGCAGGAAACAAGCGACGAGGCCUCCAGCGAUAACCGGCCAGACCAAAGCGGAAGCCUCGAGCCGACCUCCGAUGCCGGGGUAAUCCCAGGCGCGACCACGGCUCCAAGCAGUGUGUCCAUAUCUAUUGGGGAAAUGAGGGCCACACCCAGUCCUCCCGGACUGGAUAAUCGACUUUCUCCUCACACCGACGCCAAAGAUGGACAAGCCCUGCGCGAGAACGCCGGGCAAACCGCUUGAGUCUCGAUCCGAGGGGUGGGGUGGGUGGUUGCUCUAUAGCCAUCGGAGUUCAGAGUCGGAAUUCCGUGCGAGGCAGUGGUUCAGAAAUAUACAGCACUAUCAUAUACAGCAC